AUGCUUUCUGAAGACACUCCAAGUCUUGAAGUACAGAUACCAAAAACAAAUAAUGCAGUUGAAAAAUUUAAAUCUUAUGAAGAAAAAUUUAAGCAAUUGGCAAAACUUUUAGGUCGAGUCCCAUUUUAUCAGUGUAUAGUGUUUUUAAAUCAUUGUGGAAGAGCAAUAGAUUUAGCAAAUUAUUUAACAAAUCAAGGAUGGAUGUCAUUGAAUAUUUCAGGUGGAUUGGAUCAAAAAUCUCGUUUGGAAACAAUGUCAAAAGCUCGUAACUUUGAGAUAAGGGUUCUUGUUUGUAGUGAUUUAAUUGCUAGAGGGAUAGAUAUUGAUAGAGUAAAUUUAGUGAUAAAUUUAGAUAUGCCUAAGGAUGCAGAAACUUAUUUGCAUCGUAUUGGAAGAACAGGAAGAUAUGGAACUCAUGGAUUAGCAAUAAGUUUUUUAGAUAAUAAUGAAUUUGAAUUUUUGGAAAAUUUGAGAAAAGUUUAUAAUGUGACUAUAACUACACUUCCAGAUGAAAUUUCUUAUAAACAUCAUCAAAGACCAUUAACAACAGAGGAAGAUAAAAAGGCAUAUGAAAGAUUGUUGGAUGAAAGAGAAAAUAUCAAGGUAUUUUUAAUAAAUUUUAUAAAAUAA